UCUGAGCUGCGGAACGCUAGGCUUCUGAGGCAUUUCCUCUUUGGGACUGCAUUUCCCAGUGGCCACCACGCCGAAGUAGCGGCCACUUCCGGCACCCAAGGGUCGUUGUCCUGGGGGAGUGAAGCCCUCAGGUCGAGAAAGGAGUCGGUGGCUGCCAGAGGCCUCUGCUGAGCAGGACGCCAGCCGGAGGGACCCGUCAGUGUGGGUGGGCAGAGAGAGGCGCUCAGGACAGGGCGCUGACAGGCACCCGAAGGAGCUUCGCCCGAGCGCGCGCGCCCAGCGAGGAGGGGAUUGUGCUACCGCGAGGGGCGGACGUGGAGUGUGGGGGUGUGUGCGUGAAGGCGCGCCUGGUGCCUCGGUGCUGCGGUGACGGGGAGAGGGGACGUGUGGACACUGAGUGUGCUUUGCUGUGGCUCUGUGUGCGUGUGUGUGUCACCGGGACCAGUGGCCCGCCGCUUCCUCAGUUUUCUCUCCUCCCAGCCACGUGGCUGCCCCAUACCGAUGCCCCCAGUAGGAGGUCAGAUGCUGAGCCUAGAAUGAAAGUUUCCCUCGGAAAGCCCAGGCCUGGACUUGGAGUGGGGAUUUUAGUGCUGCAGGUGCCUGUCUGGGUCCCCCACGGGGGCAGCUGCAUGUUCAGAACCACCGCAUUCUCAGAGUAAUGUCCCCAGGAACCAGCUUCGAACUGGUUCUCAUCCCAUUUUGUGCGAAGUAAGGGAGGUGUGGCCCUGGAGAGUGCUUUCAGAUUUAGUCUGCGCUCCAAGAAAAGCCUGGGGUCUCAUGUUCGCUUUCUCCUUCCCCAGUCGUACCAUUAUCCAGAAGGACCCCGAGAAGGAUGAGAGUAUUAUUGCUGCAUGUCUAAAGUCAAGGGAGGGGAGGCAUGAAGAAGAUGGACAAAUUUUGUCAUUCUAAAAGCAUGGCUUAUGGAUCUCUGUCGUUCAGGGACGUGGCCAUCAGCUUCUUCCAAGAGGAGUGGGAGUGCCUGGACCCUGCUCAGAGGGCUUUGUACAGGGACGUGAUGUUGGAGACCUACAGCAACCUGGUCUCAGUGGGAAGUUCCAUUUCCAAGCCAGAUGUGAUUGCAUUAUUGGAGCAGGACAAAGAGCCCUGGGUGGUUUUGAGGAGAGAAACAAGCGGAUGGUACUCAGAUUUGGAGUCAAGUUAUGGAGCCGAGAAAUUAUCUCCAGAAAAUUAUAUUCAUGAAAUAAAUUUGCCUAAACAGAGUAUAAACCAAAUAAGUAAAACUCUUGGCCUCAAGGCCUCCAAUUUUAGAAAUGACUCAAAAUGCAGAAAUAGAUUUAGGGGACAACAGGGACAUCAAGAGGGGUGUAUUGGUCAAAAGAUAAUAAGCUAUGAAAAAAUGCAUACUUCUACUCAUGGUACUUCUCUUAUUUACACUACAGAUAAGCCAUAUGAAUGUAAGGAAUGUGGGAAGUACUUUAGUCGUGGUUCAAAUCUUAUUCAGCAUCAGAGUAUUCAUACUGGAGAGAAGCCCUAUGAAUGUAAGGAAUGUGGGAAGGCCUUUAGACUUCUUGUUCAACUUACUCGACAUCAGAAACUUCAUACUGGUGAGAAACCCUUUAAAUGUAAGGAAUGCGGGAAAGCUUUUACUCUUCCCACCCAGCUUAAUCGCCAUGAGAAUAUUCAUACAGGUGAGAGACCAUUUGAGUGUAAGGAAUGUGGGAAGUCCUUUAAUCGUAGCUCAAACCUUGUUCAACAUCAGAGUAUCCAUACGGGUGCAAAACCAUAUGGAUGUAAAGAGUGUGGGAAAGGUUUUAAUCGUGGUUCAAAUCUUGUUCAACAUCAGAAAAUUCAUUCUAGUGAGAAACCCUUUGAAUGUAAGGAAUGUGGGAAGGCCUUCAAAUAUCAUUACCAACUUAUUGAACAUUGUCGAAUUCAUACUGGUGAGAAACCUUUUGAAUGUAAAGAAUGUGGGAAGGCCUUUAGUCUUCUAAUAGAGCUUGCACGACAUCAGAACAUUCAUACUGGUGAGAAACCAUUUAAAUGUAAGCAAUGUGGCAAGGCCUUCAGUCGUGGCUCGAAUCUUAUUCAACAUCAGAGCAUUCAUACUGGUGAGAAACCAUAUGGGUGUAAGGAAUGUGGAAAGGCUUUUAGACUUCACCUACAGCUUGCUCGACAUCAGAAAACCCAUACUGGUGAGAAACCCUUUGAAUGUAAGGAAUGUGGGACAGCCUUCCAAUAUCAGUACCAACUUUUUGAGCAUCAGCGAAUUCAUACAGGUGUGAAACCCUAUGAAUGUAAGGAAUGUGGGAAAUUGUUUCGUCGUGGUUCAAACCUUAUUCAGCAUCGGAGUGUUCAUACUGGAAAGAAACCUUUUGAAUGUAAGGAAUGUGGAAAGGCCUUUAGACUCCAUAUACAGCUUAUUCGACAUCAGAAAUUUCAUACUGGUGAGAAGCCUUUUGAAUGUAAGAAAUGUGGAAAAGCCUUUAGUCUUCUCACUCAGCUUAAUCGCCAUGAAAAUAUUCAUACAGGUGAGAAGCCAUUUGAAUGUAACGAAUGUGGGAAGUCCUUUAAUCGUGUCUCAAACCUUAUUCAACAUCAGAGUAUUCAUGCUGGCGUGAAGCCAUAUGAAUGUAAAGAGUGUGGUAAAGGCUUUAAUCGUGGUUCAAAUCUUACUCAGCAUCAGAAAAUUCAUUCUAGUGAGAAGCCCUUUGAAUGUAAGGAAUGCGGGAAGGCCUUUAGGUAUCAUUACCGACUUACCGAACAUCAUAGAAUGCAUACUGGGGAGAAACCCUUUGAAUGUAAAGAAUGUGGGAAGGCCUUUACUCUUCUGACACAGCUUACUCGACAUCAGAACAUUCAUACUGGUGAGAAACCAUUUAAAUGUAAGGAAUGUGGCAAGGCCUUUAGUCGUGGCUCGAAUCUCGUUCAACAUCAGAGUAUUCACACUGGUGAGAAACCCUAUGGAUGUAAAGAAUGUGGAAAGGCUUUUAGACUUCAUCUACAGCUUUCUCGACAUCAGAAAACCCAUACUGGUGAGAAACACUUUGAAUGUAAGGAAUGUGGGACAGCCUUCAGACAUCAGUACCAACUUACUGAGCAUCAGCGAAUUCAUACAGGUGUGAAACCCUAUGAAUGUAAGGAAUGUGGAAAGAGCUUUAGUCGUGGUACAGACCUCAGAGUACAUCAGAGAAUUCACACUGGUGAGAAACCCUUUGAAUGUAAGGAAUGUGGGAAGGCCUUUCGACAUCAUUACCAAUUUCUUGGACAUUACAGAAUUCAUACUGGUGAGAACCCCUAUGAAUGUAAGGAAUGUGGGAAAUGCUUUACUUGUGGUAGUGAACUUAGAGUACAUCAGAGGAUUCAUACUGGUGAGAAACCAUAUCAAUGUAAGGAGUGUGGGAAGGCCUUUAGUCGUAGCUCAAACCUUAUUCAACAUGUUAAAAUUCAUACUGGUGAGAAGCCCUAUGAAUGUAAGGAAUGUGAAAAGGCCUUUAGCAAUAAUUAUGAACUUACUGUACAUCAGAGAAUUCAUACUGGUGAGAAACCUUAUGAAUGUAAGGAAUGUGGGAAAACUUUUAGACUUAGUUCAGUCUUUACUGCCCAUCAGAGAAUUCAUACAGGUACGAAACCCUAUGAAUGUAAAAAAUGUGGAAAGACCUUUAGUUGUAGCUCAAACCUUAUUCAACAUGAGAGGAUUCAUACUGGUGAGAAACCUUAUGAAUGUAAGGAAUGUGGGAAGGCUUUUAGACUUAGGUCAGUUUUUAUUGCCCAUCAAAGAAUUCAUACAGGUCUGAAGCCCUAUGAAUGUAAAGAAUGUGGGAAAGCCUUUACUGUGAAUGGUCAGCUUACUCGACAUCAGAAAAUUCAUAAUCGUCAGAAGUCCUAUGAAUAUAACAAAUGUGGGAAAACCUUCACUGGAUAUGAACAACUUACUCAACAUCAGAGAGUUCAUAGUGGCAAGAAAUCCUAUGAAUAUAAAAACAUGUGGGAAGACCUUUCAUCAUGGACUGAGAUUUGCUCAACAGCACAGUAUUCCUACUGGUGAGAAACUUUGGGUCUGAGUAACAUGGAAAGAAUUAUAGUUAAAGCAAACACCUUAGUGUUGAGAGGACAUUUUGGUGAGAAAGUCUUUGAAUGUAAAGAAAUGUAGGGUAGCCUUCAUGUUCACAAUUUACUAAUCGUGAAGGAUAUUUUCCUAGGUAUGUUAAUUUCAUACACUUAGAAAAGCCUUCAAAUUCAAGCUGGAGGAAAACUGUUGUUGGAACAAAUGUAAGCUAACAACUACCUGAGGCAGGUGCUUUAUCACCAUUGCCACUUCACAACCUGUGUGACAUUAGGUGCCUAUCCAUUUUGUGCAUCAUUUGUAAAUGGCAACAAUAUAUACUAGUAUAUAGUAUAUAUAUAUAUACUAUAUAUAUAUAUACUAUAUACUAUAUAUAGUAUAUAUAGUAUAUAGUGAGUAUAUACUAGAGCAAUUAUGGGAAUAAAUGUGUUAUCCUUACAAGAGUAUUUGGCACAUGCUUGUGCUCAUAAAGAAUAGCUUUUAUGUUUCAUUAGCAUUAUUGUUGAUGACAGGAAAACUGUAUUAUUGUGAAUAAUUUAGAAAAAUCUCAUCCAUUCCUUCAUUAUUAAAUUUUAAAUAAGUUCUGUAUAAAAUUUCGUGGAAAGUAAAGACUACGAGAGGAUUUUCAUUAAGAGUUCAUUCCUUAAGUUACAUCAAAAAGUUAAUUUUGGAAAGAAACCCUAUGGAUUUAGGGAGUGAAGAGAUGUUGAAAAACCAGGUGUUGAAGAAUCAGGGAGAGGUUUUUAAGUGAUUUGUCUAUAAAAAUGUCAACAGGAAGAAAAUGUAUAAUUUAUUUCUCUGUCCGGAAGUGAAGAUAAAUAUUGGUGAAAGAAAAAUAAAAGCUAUCCAUUUAUAAAUUUUUCAACUUUAUCAUGAAAAUUGCACAUAUGAAAAAGUUGGAAGAAUAAACACCAUAUACCCCUACGUAGAUUCAAAGUUGUUAACAAUUUGACAUUAAUUUUUCUGUAUAUUUUGUGUUGCACCAUGAGAAUAUGUUUUAGACAUCAUGAUACUUUCCCCCUUAUUACAUCAGUAUGUAUCUCCCAAACAUAAAGAAAAUCUCAUACAGCCAUAGUACCAUAAUUACCCUUAAGGAAAUUCUCUGUAAUUCCACAAUAUCUAUCUUAUCAUUUUCUUCAUUGGCCUCUAAGAUGCCAUUUACAGGGGUUCAUCUUCUAAGUAGAAUGCAUUCCAGAUUCCAUACUGUAUUUGGUUGUUAGCGCUCUUUAUUCUUUUUUUAGUCUACAACAGUGACUCAAAUUUUCUUGGAUAUCAGAAUCAUCUGUGGAUCUUAGUAAAAAUACAAAUGUCCAGGACCACUGGACCUCUGUGUUUUUUCUUAGCUCUCCAGGGGAUUUUGGUAUGCACUAUGGAGAGCCACGGAUCUAGAACAUUUCUCCUUUUUCAAAAAUUCUUUUUUUUUUUUUAAGAUUUUAUUUAUUGGGGCGCCUGGGUGGCUCAGUCG